CUGACCUCGGUCCAUCUGAAGUAGGAACGACUGAUUGAAGGGUGGAGUGAUAGAUGCAUGAUGAUUAACUUAUCGUUGGUGGUGCCAUUGUCCUCCAGGCUGUCUUGUUCUGCCCGCAUUUUCACAUGCGCGGGCCAAGGCUAAUCCCAGUCUCAGAGAGCCGACAAUUUCCUCUUAAGGACUCCAUUUGCUCCCUUCCAACUUCCGAUUCCUUCGUUUCUCGCUCUCUCUCUCGCUCUCUCCACAUUUGUCAUUUGAGUCACUUUCUCAUCCCAGUCUCUCAAGUUAUCACCGAUCCAAUCGAUCGGAUCCUGCCAGAUGGAGCAAACCCAGGUCCCCGCGCAGCCACCAGUCCAGAGCGCCUUUCGAUCGCGACGAUCAUAUCCUUCUCUGCACCAUGUCUCUCUCGCUCCAUUGAAUCCUCGAUUUCUCGCCGACGAGGAGGGGGAGGAGGAGGCAGAGGUUCCAGACUACUUCAACCAUCCCCACCACAACCACCACGACAGCCCGGACCCGCCCACCGCAAGGUCUUAUUUGGCUAGCUUCUCCGUGCCCGGCACUCCGGGGGUGCUUUCGCACUCCCACUCCCGCAGCGGGUCCCGCACGCGACACCAUCCCCGGAGCAAGAGCUCCAGCCGCAUCCACCACGCCAGCGACCCCAACCUACAAGCCCGGAGUGCGAGCAGCCCCCUCCAUCAUCAUCAUAAUCAGCAGCAGCAGCAUCAACCUCACCAAACCCACCACACUAACCGUAGCACCCGUACCCGUCACCCUGCAAACCACCAUCAAGACACGGAAUGGAUGCUCCGCGCAGGCAUCGCACUCGCUUCCUCGACCCGCGAAGAAAAAGGCCAGAGCUGGCUCGUGAAACGACAGAGCUCGACGAGCCUCGUCUCUGACGACCAUCAACUCAGCCUGGACUUCCUCAACCACAACCACAACCACCACCACCACCAUCAUAGCUGGUCCCACGGAGGUAGUCCUCGACAUGGCCGGUCCGGACGUUCCACACCAGCCGCGGCCAACUCCCGAUCCAGACGGGCUUCACGGUCCCGCCCCAGCAGCCGGGUGGCCAGUAGAGCCGACCUUGCCAUGACCAGUCUAGGCAUGGCCACUACUGCAACAUCGACCGCAGCCUCCUCCCGCCGCGAAAGCAGAACGGCCGACCGUCUGACCAGCACCAGCACGCAGAAGAUCGAGGAAAAACAGCAACAACAACAACAAAACCGCCCCCUCAUCCCCGACUUCGUCGACGAGCGCAUCCGCGCCGAGAUGGCCUCCAUCCAACGCGACGAGAACGCCAAAUUCGACGAGGAAGAGGAGAUCGACGACGACCUCUCCUCCUUCACCUCCGACUACCCGUACCUCGACUCGGGCGACGAGUCAGUCGAGAUCGACGAGCAAGAACUGCAACGCCUCACGCGGGAGCGAGGCUUCGGACUCGGCAGCUGGAUCGACCGCAUGGUCGAAUGGACCCUAUUCGGCGUCGAGGACUGGCCGCUUUCUUUUGGUGGUGGUGGUGGUGGCACCGGCAAUGACGGCACUGUAGUCGAAUCCCGAACCAUCACCAUCGCAGACCAUCCCCCUCACCCUUCAGCCGAUAACGUUGAAAAUGACCCCUCAUCGACCCAUGUAGCAGUAGCAGCAACACCAUCAAUUGGAGCAGACGACACCGACACAAUCUCCAUCGCCGAAUCGGAAGUCCUUUCCGUCUGCGAGAAGCCCGGAGACCAAGGCGGCUGGGGAGAUGCAGGCUGGCUGUUCCGGGUUGUGAAACGUGCGCUGUCUUGAGUUCGAUUUCCUCUCCCUCCCUUUUGUCUGGACUGGGCCCGAGGGACCC